AUGGCCACCUUACUGUCCACGGUGCGGGAGAUCCGUCGUUCGCAGCGUGCGGAGGGGGCGGCGGCCGUCCUCGCCAUCGGCACAACUACCCGGCCAACUGUGUGUCCCGGGAGGAGUAUCCGGAUUACCAAGAGCCAGCACCUCACCGACCUCAAGCAAAUAUUCAAGGCCAUGCGUGGUGCGCGUGUGCUGGUGGUCUGCGUCGAGCUCACCAUCGUCUCCUUCCGUGGCCCAGAGGAGGCAGAUGCCCAUCCACACACUCUGAUUAGCCAGGCGUUCUUCGGAGACGGUGCUGGCGCGGUCAUCAUCGGCACCGACGCCGUGCACCCCGUCGAGCGCCCAAUCUUCGAGAUGGUGUCCGCCUCGCAGACCAUGAUAGCGGGGACCGAUCGUGUGCUCACCAUGCAGCUGACAGAGGCCGGCCUCGAUGGCCACAUCUUCACAAAGGAGCUGGUUCCUAUAGUGGCGCAACACAUCAACCAGUGUCUCACAGAUGCAUUCCAACCGCUUGGAGUAAUGAGCGACGAAGCCACCCUCUGGAAUGAUCUCUUCUUUGUAGUGCACCCCGGCAUCCGAGGAAUACUGGAUCAUAUCGAGGGGGCACUCCAGCUAGAGUCGGGGAAGCUCGCGGCCAGUCGGACGGUGCUCAGAGAGUAUGGGAACAUGCUCGGCGCCACUGUGAUCUUCGUGCUCGAUGAGCAAUGGCGCCGGAUGGAGGAGGACAGAGGGACGAAGGGUGAGUGGGGUGUGAUGAUGGGAUUUGGACCUGUGUUCACUAUCGAAACAAUGGUGCUGCAUUCGGUGGCCAGCAACCCGCACAACAAAAAUUGA